AGUCAUAACCUUUCCUGUUUGGUUUCAAAGAAAGUGCUAUUAAAAUUUCAAUUUCAGGCUCUCUUUUUUAUUUCUUCUUUAGUUAAAAUCACUUACUUUGUAUAAAUUCCCUCUGUUUUUGGAAAUUCAAACUUGUCAAAUGGAAUCCGCAAUCAGAUUCGACCCAUUUGACAGAAAGGUCAAUCAAAGGAAUGACGUCUCUGAAAUCCAAUAUUUUUGCCUUUCAAUCGAUCAUUUGUUCUCCAAAGUAAACGAGCUUGAGCAAGGAGUGAAUCUAGUCGAACAAUUCUUCGUGAAUACAGAUAACAACCAAUUCGACAAUGUUAAAUGUCCCGUAAAAUUGAAGGAUACAAUUCGGAAAAAACAUUUGACUAACGCCGAGAAUGAACCGCCAAAUGCAUUACAGAGCGAAGCAGCUGCUGAGAGGAGAAUGCAACAACUCAUGGCCCACUUCGCUGGGCUAUUUCAUCAGAUUACUCAGCACAAGUGGGCUUGGCCCUUCAUGCAACCAGUCGAUGUUGUAGGCCUCGGUUUGAAUGACUAUUACAAGGUUAUCAAAAGGCCAAUGGAUUUGGGUAAAAUAAAAAGGAAAAUGGAGGCUAAGGAUGGCACUUGUUACAAGCAUGUUCGGGAAAUAUAUUCUGAUGUUAGGCUUGUUUUUAAGAAUGCAAUGAAGUAUAAUGAUGAAAGAGAUGAUGCCUAUGUUAUGGCCAAAACUUUGUUGGAAAGGUUUGAAGAUAAAUGGCUGCGACUCUUGCCUAAAGUUGUUGAAGAGGAAACAAGACGAGAGAAGGUUAAAGUGACAUCACAGACGGCUAAUGACCUGGCUCAGGAAAUAUCACAUGCCAACAUGGCUAGGAAUUUAAAUAAUGAACUUUCUAAUAUUGAUACGCAACUGGUAAGACUCAGAGAAAUGGUAGUUCAUAAAUGCAGGAGAACAUCUGUUGAAGAAAAAAAGAAACUAGGGAGAGAUCUUUCUCAGUUGUCCCCUGAUGAUUUGACCAAGGCCUUGGAGAUAGUUGCUGAUGAUAACCCAAGCUUCCAAGCAACCGCUCAAGAGGUGGAGCUUGACAUGGAUGACCAGAGUGAAUCAACUCUAUGGAGGUUAAAGUUGUUUGUGAAAGAGGCAUUGAAAGGUAGUGGAACAAAUGCCGUCGGCAUGGGUAACGAGAAUGGAGACAAGGAUAAUAGUAACUUGAAGCAGUGCAAGAAUGGCGCUGCGAAUACCACAAAGACCAACAAAAGGAGAAGAGAGGCUUGUGAUGCUACCAUCAGGACAUCUUCUAAGAAGGCUAGAAAGAACUCUAGUAUUCCAUAACUAAUCAUUUCUGGACACUUGGCUGCCAUCUCAUUUCGUAUGAAGUUCGACUAGAUGCUGGGUGAGAGAAAUUCAUGAAAAUUAUAAAUCUCAAAAACUUCAAGAGCAUGACUGGUAUGAUGCUUUGGUGAUAAUGAUAUACUGAAUAGGAAAAAUGUUGGAAGAUCGAAAAUAUUCCGGUAACAGCUUUUCUGAUAAAUGUUCAAUAUUUUAGAGGGGAAAAGGAAAAGAAAAGAUUGUAAAUUGAGAGACUGCUUAUUAUCAACACAUGUGAUUAUGAAUGCAUAUUUACUUGUAUGCA